AUGAGGAUAAUAUAUAUGUAUUUGUUUUGUAUGCUGUCAAACUGUUAUGGCAUCAAGGUGCCAGGAUUUAAUAAAAUUAAAUACUCAUUCAGUAAGUUGGGAACUGAUAAGGAAGUAUUGAACGAAAAUCCUGUGUAUAUCUUACUAUCGCAUAAAGAGGUUGCAAAACCAAUUGGUACCGGUGAUGAGAAGGAUUGUGAAGACUACGUUCCUGCGGAUGUUAACGUUGUAAAAAAUAACAACUAUCAUGAUGUGUUGACCAGUUUGAAGAGUAAAGUGUUCAAGAGGAAGCCAACAGUGAUUGAAUUUAUAGAUGAGUUGAAUGUAGAAGAUAAAAAUACAAAAAGAGAUAACAGAGUAAAUGAGUCAAUACUGAAGUUGGCAGAGAUAAUGUUGUUGGUGGAUAGAGUGAUUGUACCAGUAGAUUAUCUGAAGCUGGUCGAAAGAGGAUGCGCGGGAAUGGAAGAGUUUAGACUGCUGGGACUGAUGAGCUAUGCACUCAACACACACACGAAAAUUUAUCCGAAAGUGCACUUUGUAAUAUAUAACUAUAGACCAAGGGAAAGGAGUAUACACGUAAGCAGGGAGCAAAAGGAGUUCAUAGAAAGACAGAAGUAUGAAAUUAAUGAGACAAUAAACGAAUUCCUGAACUCGUUUAUUAAGAUAGUGGAUAACGAGGAAGUUAAUGAGUUGCUAUUCGAAGGGAUUAGUGUUAGAUGCAACUACGUGGAAAAGUAUAAAGAUAUGAGGGACUUGAUGAAGCAGUUUUACAGUGAGGAUCACAGCUACUAUAAGACGUGUGUGGAAGAUAUAGAUGACGAGUUUAGCAAGAAACUGAAAGUGUGUGAGUCGAUAGACAAAAUCGCUGAAAAGGCAAAGUCGUUGAAACAGCUAAGAUUUAAUUUUGAAGAUUAUAGUGAGUUGGAGAGCAACUUUGAAUUAUAUGAACAAAUAUUGAAUUGUUACAACGACUCGUAUAACAGGUAA